CGGGGUGGCUCGAGUUGGAAGGGUCCGUGGUUAGGAGGACCUGGUUCCGGCGUCCCCUGCAGGGCUGUAGGACACCUGCAGACUUUCCUGUUAGCAUCUCGCAUUAAUUAUUUGGCUGAAAUUCGCGCGGUCUUCGCAGGUAGUAAAGCGGGAAACCGUAAAAAUGCUCCCUUGAUAUAUUUUGAAUCGCUGUCUUAAUGCUGAGGAUACCUGGUGGAGUGCUGGGACUGAGGGUGGCGGUGGUACAUGUGAUGUGGUCACACGCUGCUCGAAGCUAAACCAGCUUUUGCUCACUGGCAUGAGCUGCCCAGCCAGCAGCCCUGGGCUCUUAGUAGCUUUUUGUGGCAACUUUAUGGUUUUUACAUAGCACAGUGCAUAGUUUCAGUGCACGCGCAGACCUUAUCAGAGGUUUGUACAACCGCGUCAAUAGCACACCCUCUUGCUUUUCCCAUCUUUGGAAGGAGCGCUUGACAUAGGCCAAAAAAAGUACUUAUCAGUCUGCUGAUGCCCUGCAUUGACUCUCAUCCUGCACAGUCAGGUGGCUUAGAGAGUUCUGUUGUCUCGUAUAAUCCCACGUGUCCUGGCAUUUUUCUCACCUGCAGUUCAGGUGAAGAGCCACUUGCUAUCACCAAUGUGCACGUGAAAUGGAAAGGGAACAGAUUAUGGAAAGCAGCUUCUGUUUCAACCUUGCCAGAUGCUGCGUGAAGUGAAAUGACUGAUAAAACAAUUUCACAGAAGAAAUCACUGAACUUAAACCAGAAUGUGAGUGUCCAGAUGAUGCUGUGUGGAUGCAGUUUCACUAGAAGAGAGCCAUACAAAGAGGGGUGUUCUGUCCCUUGUUGAUUCUGACAGCCUUACUACAGAGAAUUUUGCUCUCAUAAAGGAGUUUAAGUGACUGCUCUACUUGACCAAAAUGGUGGACACUGAAAACCAUCUCUAUCCACUUACUCCCCUAGAGGAGGAUGAUAUAGGUAGUCCUUUAUCUGGAGAGUUUCUACAAGAUAUGGAGAACAUACAAGACAUUUCUCAGUCUCUAGGUGACGAUAGCUCUGGAGCUUUAAGUUUAACAGAGUUCCAAUCACUGGGAAAUGGUCCAGGAUCUGAUGGUUCAGUUAUAACAGACACCCUUUCACCAGCAUCCAGUCCUUCAUCCAUUAAUUUUGCCACAGCUCCAGGUAGCAUAGAUGAAUCAUCCAGUGGAGCAUUAAACAUUGAAUGUAGAAUUUGUGGGGAUAAAGCCUCAGGCUACCAUUACGGAGUACAUGCUUGUGAAGGUUGUAAGGGUUUUUUUAGGAGAACAAUCCGAUUAAAACUCAUCUAUGAUAAAUGUGAUCGCAAUUGCAAAAUUCAGAAAAAAAAUCGUAAUAAGUGCCAAUACUGUCGUUUUCAAAAGUGCCUUUCAGUUGGAAUGUCACAUAAUGCAAUACGUUUUGGACGAAUGCCGAGGUCUGAGAAGGCCAAGUUGAAAGCAGAAAUUUUAACGGGUGAAAAUUAUCUAGAAGAUUCAGAAAUGGCAGAUCUUAAAUCACUUGCCAAAAGAAUUCAUGAUGCUUACCUGAAAAACUUCAAUAUGAACAAGGUUAAAGCCAGAGUCAUCCUUGCAGGGAAAACUAACAACAAUCCACCCUUUGUUAUACAUGAUAUGGAUACCUUGUGCAUGGCAGAGAAGACACUGGUAGCAAAAUUGGUUGCCAAUGGAAUUCAGAACAAGGAAGCCGAAGUCCGAAUCUUCCACUGCUGCCAGUGUACAUCUGUAGAGACUGUCACAGAACUUACUGAAUUUGCCAAAUCUAUCCCUGGCUUCUCCAAUCUUGACUUGAAUGAUCAAGUGACGCUGUUGAAAUAUGGAGUUUAUGAAGCCAUCUUUGCCAUGUUAGCAUCUGUAAUGAACAAAGAUGGGAUGCUGGUAGCCUAUGGAAAUGGUUUUAUAACUCGAGAGUUCCUGAAAAGCCUGAGAAAGCCAUUCUGUGAUAUAAUGGAGCCAAAAUUUGAUUUUGCGAUGAAAUUCAAUGCACUGGAACUGGAUGAUAGUGAUAUAUCACUUUUUGUCGCUGCCAUCAUUUGCUGUGGAGAUCGUCCUGGUCUCGUAAACGUAGGACACAUUGAAAAAAUGCAGGAGAGCAUUGUGCAUGUACUGAAACUGCACUUGCAGACCAACCAUCCUGAUGACAUCUUCCUCUUCCCGAAACUUCUCCAAAAAAUGGCGGACCUGCGGCAGCUUGUCACAGAGCACGCUCAACUUGUGCAGAUAAUCAAGAAGACUGAAUCUGAUGCACAUUUACACCCUUUACUGCAGGAAAUCUACAGGGAUAUGUAUUAAGGAUUUUUAGUAUUUUUUCCGCGAUGUUUAAAGACAACAGCAAUAUUAAUAAUAGAUGGGAGCAAAAUCACUUGCUAUCAGCUGUUCACUCAGUUCGGAGCGUGAAAAACGUAAAAGCUAAGUAACUGGAGUGCUACAGGUCUUUUGUUUGAGUUCUUCUGUCUUCAUUCGAAUGAGUUCUGCAGAAAAAUACUGAUCGUAAUGUUCAUGAAGCGCCUUAAAGCAGUUCUUUUAUUUGGAAAUCUGAAGAUUGCUAAAGAACAUAUAUUUGUAUAAUAAAUCAGAAUGUUAAGUAACAGAAAUGAGGAGGAAAAAAAGAAAAAAAAAAAAGUAUUUCCUCUUGGCUUAGUCAUUUUAGAGUUACAAUAACAAAUUCAGCAGAUUCCUCCAGCUACAAGCACCGUCAUAAAGGUGACACAUUCUUGGCUAAUGGAAAUACUGAAGGACAAGUAUUAUUUUUCGUUAGAGGCAAUCAGUCUAGAUUUAUCAAAUGAUUGGGUAUUACUGUACAUACAUAUAUACAAAAUUUGAAAGACCUUUCUUGUGCCAUUGCUUGAAAUCCAUGAAGCACACUACAGCUGCACAUAGCAUGGCAUUGGUGUACUUUACAAUUAGUGCACUGAAAAGACAAUACUUUCAAUAAAUGAAAUAAAAUCCCAAGCAUUAAAAUAAACAAUACAGCAGAUAGUACUAUUCAGGUUUUUCUGGAAGAGUAAAAGUGCUAAGUCAUGGAACUGUUGUUUGGAAAGGAAAGGAAAUGCAAAAAUCUCCCUGAGGAAAAACUUGUCUAACCAUGUGUAGCUUGGAAAACUUACAAUAGCUCAAGAUGCAGUCAGUUUUGACUUAAGAAUACAACUUUGAAUCAGCCAGAGUUCUGGACAGACAGAAAAAUCUGAUCGAGGGGGGAGAGUGGGGGAAGAAUUUCAACUGUACAGCAUUCUAGUGCAAUGAUAACUUACUCUGAAGAAAUGAUUACAUAGGAAAGGUACUUUCUUCCUGUAUCUUGGCAGUAUGGAGUUAAUUGAACUUGUUUACUUUUCUGAUGAGUACUUUUUUUUUUUUUUUUUUUUUUUUUCCAAUUCUUCACUCAUAUAUUUCUAAUCUUUGAUAGACGUUGCCUAUAGAAGUAAUAGCUGGAUUAUUUUACCAAAUUUUCUCCUUCUCAUUAGAGCCAUAGUAGAUAAAGUGGCAAGAAAAUAGAGCUUGUCAAUUGUCUGAUGUUAUGAAAGAGAGUACAACUGAGAGUAAGUUUAUCAUAUACCCGAGUGUUUUACGAUAGAACUUACUCUUGAUUAAAAAUAAGCUACAAGGAAACUGCUUGCCUCUGGCAUUUUGCAGGGUCCCUUAUUGAGAUUAAUGCACAAAAUGUGAAAGCAAGUGCUAGUUGCAUACAAGGCACUGUGCUAGUUUUUUUUCUUGACAUUUUUUAAUCUGAUAAUUUCAGUUUGUUAUUUCUGUAUUUUACUAUCUGUUUCAUAGCAAAGGCUUCAGGAGCCAGUCUUAACAUUUUUGCAACCAGUUAAGCUUUCAGUGCCACAGGAUGACAAGUUUUCCUUGUUUUAUUGUAGCUUGUUUGGAAACAUUAGGAUCUUAAACAUUCUCUGAAUUAAUUAAGAUGGAUGAAGUGAGAACAUCAUGUAUUGGUGCUUAUUUGGUUACAUUUGUUUUUGCACAAGCCCACUGGCAUGGCUAGGCACUGAAUAAAUUACUGGUUUAACAGCAAUUUGGUAUUUACCUAGAUGAUGGCCAUUAGCAGAAGUUUUAGUGCGAAAUACUAAAGCAUCAGCCUCAAAUUUGGUGACCUUCUAAGGCAAGAUAGAAGAAUUAGGUCCACAUGCGCAGAACUUCCUCCUCUGCAUUCCCUGUCAGUUACCUUCUUCUCCCCACAGCUGGGAUGAAUAAGCAUUAUGUUACAGCUCCUUCGAACACUUCAGUAAGGGAAGAUUGUUGGUUUUACUGGGAAACAGUGGAUGAGAAAUGGGUUGUCUUGUGUCUUGCAACAGUAAGUACUGUGCCCUCAGAAAUAACAGGAAGGUUUUAUCAGUAAUGCUGCUUAAUUCUUCAAGUCAGCCUUGUCUCUCAAGGAAACGGUGGCUUUUGGGUAUAAGAUAGUCAGCACUGAGGUAUUUGAUAAGCAAUAUUGCUUAGUUAAGGAAGUAGCCAAAAUCUCACAAUGGCAUAUUAGCAAUCUGUAAACAUUGCAUCCAUCCAUAGGAAGUGCGCAGUGCUUAGCGGCGUGCAGCUGAUGGUGGUGGAAAUUCUAACGGUGAAAACUCUAACAGCCAACUGGCUCAAGUUUGUCUUCUGAAGAAGAGCGUAAGCUGCAUUUUCCCCCAAAGCACAGUCAUGUGCAAAGUGCAAAUUUGAAAGUUCUCUUCCAUUACUUGCAUGUACUGAAGUUUCUCAGAAAACAAACAAACAAACGAAAAGACAAAAUCACUGUGGAGAAAACGUAUUUUCUCCGUUAUUGUUUCCAAAAAUGGCUAAUACACUCAACUGGAACUGAAAAGUUUCAUUAUAAAUACUUAAAUUUGGCAAAAUUAUAAAGAAUUUAAAACAGCUUUGUAUCUAUAUUAGAAGCCUCUUUGUAACAGGAUCCCAUUACUUUAGGAAAUUAGGAAAGUGCGUUAUUUGCAUUUUUUUUCUCACUUCAGGUGCGUUUUUUCUUAAUAACAAAAGAAAAUGCAAGCAUUUUUUUGAAUAAUCCCUUUGGACACCAGCAUUCAAUUUCUAUUUUAAAUUAAAUUGCAGGCCUUUAAAUGUAUGGCAAGAAUACAUCUGUGAGUUACAGAAGUAUAAACAAGAUGAUAAUGUAGCUGAAAAUUCCGCAUAAAUUCCACCGUCUACAGGUUUGCACUGUGCAUGUACCCACAGACUCCUUCUGUGGAGAUAUUCAGGACUUACCUGGACACUUUUCUAUGCAGCCUCCUGUAGUGAACCUGCUUUCGCAGAGGAGGUUGGACUCUGAUCUCCAGAGGUCUCAUCCAACCCCAGUGAUUCUGCAAUUCUGUGCGUUUCUCAAAGAAUGAAACAGAGCAGACAGUUCACUUGCGUAAGUGUGCAAAAGGAAGUUCUUAAUUUAAACCUUCUGCUUCUAAAAAGUUACGUCAGAGACUUGUGUGGAUGACUAAAGUAGAUAUUUGCCAAUUAGAUGUCAAAAGUACUCAAUUUACAUUCAUUUUCAAGAAGUUUGGAGUCUGACAAGUUUUAAGUAUAUUACUGAGGAGCUUUCAGCAUCUCCACAUCAUAGAGAUCAUUUAAUAUUUUAAAAUGUUCAAUCUAUGGAGGGAAAUGAAGUUAGCUGAUUUCAGGAUAAAGAUUUAUUAAAGGCUUAUUAAUUUGCUAUGAAUAGUUUUGAUCUGAUUCUUAUCUACGCUAGCUUAUUUUAAUGUAAUAGCAUUGAAGACUCCUGGUUAGGGACCAGGAGUGCCUAACUGUGGGAAUGAGCUUACAACCAGAGGCAGCAGGUAGAUAGGGAUCCUAAGGAGCAAUGGUGCAAUUUAGGAUUUCAAUAAACCUACCACCUAUUCACUUUGGAGGGUCUUUUUGUUUCUUAGUUUUUGAUUUAUUGGUAAGCCUUAGGUACUUUAAUGGCAGGGAAAAGAAAAAGCAAAAAAAAAAAAGGGGUUGUUU